AGAGCGGCUACGUGAGGUUGCUGGAACAGCUGAACCCUGUACAAAUCGCUGAGCUCCACCGGAGCCGGAUACUGCAGGUGUUGUUCGAGUCCUACCCGCCGCCCACUGUUUUGUGGUUUAAGGACAACCGCACACUGGGCGACUCCAGUGCUGGCGAGAUCAUCCUGUCCACGCGCAAUGUGUCUGAGACCUGGUACGUGUCAGAACUGACACUGGUGCGGGUGAAGGUGGCAGAGGCUGGCUAUUACACCAUGCGGGCCUUCCAUGAGGAUGCUGAACUCCAGGUCUCCUUCAAGCUGCAGGUCAAUGUCCCUGUUCGUGUGCUGGAGCUGAGCGAGAGCCACCCUGCCAAUGGAGAACAGACGGUCCGAUGUCGUGGCAGGGGCAUGCCCCAGCCAAAUGUCACCUGGUCUACCUGCAGAGACCUUAAAAGGUGUCCUCGUGAGCUGCCACCCACUCCAUUGGGGAACAAUUCCAAGGAGGAGAGCCAGCUGGAGACUAAUGUGACGUACUUGGUGGAGGAGCAGGAAUAUGAGGUGGUGAGCACGCUGCAUCUGCGCCAUGUGGAUCAGCCACUGUCGGUGCGCUGCACGGUGCACAGCACACUGGGCCAGGACGUGCAGGAGGUCACUGUGGUGCCGCAUGCUCUCCCCUUCAAGGUGGUGGUGAUCUCAGCCAUCCUGGCCCUAGUGGUUCUCACAAUCAUCUCUCUCAUCAUCCUUAUCAUGCUUUGGCAGAAGAAGCCGCGCUAUGAGAUCCGAUGGAAGGUGAUUGAGUCUGUGAGCUCCGAUGGCCAUGAGUACAUCUAUGUAGACCCCAUGCAGCUGCCCUACGACUCCACCUGGGAGCUGCCGAGGGACCAGCUUGUGCUGGGACGCACCCUUGGCUCCGGGGCCUUCGGGCAGGUGGUGGAGGCCACAGCUCAUGGUUUGAGCCAUUCACAGGCCACCAUGAAAGUGGCUGUGAAGAUGCUGAAAUCUACGGCCCGCAGCAGUGAGAAGCAAGCCCUCAUGUCAGAGCUGAAAAUCAUGAGUCACCUCGGACCCCACCUGAACGUGGUCAACCUGCUGGGGGCCUGCACCAAAGGAGGACCCAUCUACAUCAUCACUGAGUACUGCCGCUAUGGCGACCUGGUGGACUACCUGCACCGCAACAAGCACACCUUCCUGCAUCAUCACUCUGACAAGCGCCGCCCGACCAGCACCGAGCUCUACAGCAACGCACUGCCCAUGGGGCUCCCUCUGCCCAGCCCUGUGUCCCUGUCUGGGGAGAGUGACGGUGGCUACAUGGACAUGAGUAAGGAUGAGUCAGUGGACUAUGUGCCCAUGCUGGACAUGAAAGGAGACGUCAAAUAUGCAGACAUCGAGUCCUCCAACUACAUGGCUCCUUACGAUAACUACGUCCCCUCUGCCCCUGAGAGGACCUAUCGGGCAACUUUGAUCAAUGAGUCCCCUGUGCUCAGCUACACGGACCUCGUGGGCUUCAGCUACCAAGUGGCCAAUGGCAUGGAGUUCCUGGCCUCCAAGAAUUGCGUCCACCGAGACCUGGCAGCCAGGAACGUGCUCAUCUGCGAGGGCAAGCUGGUCAAGAUCUGUGACUUUGGCCUGGCUCGAGACAUCGUGCGGGACUCCAACUACAUCUCCAAAGGCAGCACCUUCCUGCCUCUGAAGUGGAUGGCCCCAGAGAGCAUCUUCAACAGCCUCUACACCACCCUGAGUGACGUGUGGUCCUUUGGGAUCCUACUCUGGGAGAUCUUCACACUGGGUGGCACCCCUUACCCAGAGCUGCCCAUGAAUGAGCAGUUCUACAACGCCAUCAAGCGUGGUUACCGCAUGGCCCAGCCUGCACACGCCUCUGACGAGAUCUACGAGAUCAUGCAGAAGUGCUGGGAAGAGAAGUUUGAGAUUCGGCCCCCCUUCUCCCAGCUGGUGCUGCUUCUCGAGAGACUGCUGGGUGAAGGUUACAAAAAGAAGUAUCAGCAGGUGGAUGAGGAGUUCCUGAGAAGUGACCAUCCAGCCAUCCUUCGGUCCCAAGCCCGCUUUCCCGGGUUCCACGGCCUCCGAUCUCCCCUGGACACCAGCUCUGUCCUCUACACUAUUGUGCAACCCAAUGAGGGUGACAACGACUAUAUCAUCCCCUUGCCUGACCCCAAACCCGAGGUUGCUGAUGAAGGUCCACUGGAGGGUUCCCCCAGCCUUGCCAGCUCCACCCUGAAUGAAGUCAACACCUCCUCAACUAUCUCCUGUGACAGUCCCCUGGAUCCCCAAGAUGAACCAGAGCAAGAACCCCAGGCUGAGCCCCAGGUGGAGCCUGUACUGGAGCUGGAGCAGCCGCUAGAUUCUGGCUGCCCUGGGCUUCGAGCCGAAGUGGAGGACAGCUUUCUGUAGGGGUUAGCCCCACCCUUCCCUGCCCAAAGCCCCCUUCUGCUUCCCAGCACCCAGCCCCUCCUGGCCCGGCCUGACCUCUCCUCACCAGCCACACUGCCUUCCCUUGAGAAAGGCUUCUGCCCCUGACAUGCGGUACCCCAAACCUUGGGGCCAGCUUAGGAGGCAGAGAACUACAGGGUCCAAGGCCAGCCUCUGCCUGAGGGGAGGCCAUGUGACUCUGAGCCACAGUGCCACCCCCAGAGGACUCAGUUUCCCCUACAUUUGUAGGAUGAGAAGUUGGGCUUGGUAACCCACAAUCUGGGAUUCUGCCUGGCUGGCAGGUGGGGAAGGAAGAAUUCCUGGGGCGAUCCUUGUGAGAAUGAGGUGGUAAGUUAAUGUCUUUCCAGUCAGCCUGCUGCCCCUCAAAGAGCUGCAGCUAUAUCCCCACUACUUUGAUUGGCCCAAGAGCUGGGAAGGGACCCUGGUAUCCCUGGCUCCUAGCUGAGCUGGGCUAGCCUUGGACUGUCACUUUGUCCAGAAACUGCCUCCCCCUGGUGCCAGUCUCUGCUUUCGCAGGCCCAAGCUGGUCUGGGGCCAACCAUGCUUAAUUAACCUUGCUAAUUAGUGCUGAGGGCUGAGCCAAGUACAGGACACCCCAGCAUAGGGCACUCCUGGCCAUAGGAAAUGGCUGUGUCUUUCAGGUCCUGUCAUUGCUGGGGCCUUCUCUUCAUCAUCCUCAGUCUUAAUCUGCCCACUGGGCCCUACAUCUGUGACCACUGGGUUUACAUGGCAGCAGGAAGUGUGCACCUAUAGAUGGUCCCGACCUGCAUUAGACCUGCUGCGAGACCUUGAAGGAGUCCUCAUCCUCUCUGGGCCUCAGUUUCCCCCCUUUGAAAAAUAAGCAAGUUGGACUCAUUAACUCUGAGUGCCCUGCCAACACUAAUAUUCUAGAAUAUUGCAGGGGUUGCACACUUACACAGAUGGAGCAAGGCCAAGCCCCCUAAAUCACCUUCUCGGAGCUCAGCUGGGUUAUGGGGAGAUUUCAGACCCACGUCGCACUCUGGGGAUUCAGGAAUGUGUCCCUGCUCAGGCUCCAAACGCAGCUGCCUGGACUUGACUUGGAGUGGCAGCCGGUGUCUUGGAAAGCCCCCAGCAGCUGCCCUAGGGCAUGGGAGGACCCCAAGACCCCUUUCAGCACCACAGUGAACUCUGCAGCUCUCCUGGGCAAGCACAGAGAGGGCAAGUCAGAUCACCUCAUGCAGCCUACCAUGCCAGCACCUGCCUUGGAGGUAUGUGCCACAGAUGCAAUGGACGGUGAGGACAGUCAUGUCCCGUAAAGGACAAGGCUUGGGAUGGGCACCCCAAGGUAGAAGUAUAAGAGGUAGACACUUUGGAGUCAUCAUCUCAACUGCCAAAUGCCCCAUCCCCAAGAUAGCACCCUAUGGGGAUAUGGUUUUGUCACUUCCCAGGUCUGGCAAUGACAUCUAAUUGUCCUUAAAGCAGUGGGGUGUUGGAGUGAGUGAGGCCUGCAGCUGAAACCUUGGGUUGGAAAGAGGAGGAAAGGAAUACAGCUCUUCUUGGCACCCAUCCUCUGCUGGCUGGCACUGCCCUGCCCAGGGACCCUGGCAGGGAGCAAGAAUGGGUUUUUACUACGGUACCAAAGAUAUAAAUCACUAGGUUUACAAGUAUUUUUAGGACUCACAUUAACUCACAUUUAUACAUCAGAAGUGCUAUUUUGUAUGCCGUUAAGUUUUCCUAUCUGUGUACUUUUUUUUAAGGAAAGAUUUUAAUAUUAAACU